GCGACUGAUAUUGAAAAUUUGUACGUGAUAUCUAAGCAUGAUAACCUCAUUCUCAAAUAUAUCAAGAAUUUGGAUGCACGAGAUGUUGGAAUCAUUUCAUUACAGCGGGAGAUUAGAGGUCUUGUCGUUGCAUAUGACGUGGAUGAAUGUUGCCGUGGAACAUUUUGUUCAGUGUAUUCAACAUGUUUAGAUUCAUUAGGAAGUUUUAACUGCUCUUGCAAAGAAGGAUACACUGGAAAUGGUGAAAAUUGUGAAGAUAUAAAUGAAUGCGAGAUUGGGAGUAACAACUGUGAUCAUUCAAUUCGAGCAUCAUGUAUAAACACGAAUGGUUCAUUUGCCUGUAUUUGUAACGAAGAUUAUACUGGAGAUGGGCGAACAUGUAAAUUAAUUCCAAGGUGUACGACGAAGAUUGAUCUUGGAUUUAUGUUAGACAGUUCUGGUAGCAUUGGGUCAGCACAUUUUGAGACAAUGAAAUCGUUUGUAAAGGACCUUAUCUAUCACUUCAAAGUUUCACAAAAUAAUACAAGGGUCUCCGUGAUGUCAUAUGCCUCCUCGGCGUCAUUGCAUCUUACAUUUUCUCAAGCAUUUCCAACACGGCAAGAUCUCUAUUCUGCUAUAGACAACAUUCCGUACACGGGUGGAGGCACUAAUACUGCCGCAGCCUUGACACUUGCGAAAUCGCACAUGUUCAAUACCCGCAUAUCAGACACAAAAAGAAUAUUGAUAGUGUUGACUGAUGGGAAAAGCAGUGGAAAUGUUGCGCAGCCAUCCCAGGAGCUAAAAAAAGCAGGCGUUGUCAUAUAUUCGAUUGGGGUUGGCUCAGGAAUCGACGUAAACGAGUUGAAAACAAUGGCUUCACAUCCCGUAGAUAAAUAUGUUUACUUAUUGCAAGAUUUUAAUGAAUUUGCAACUUUAGCACAGAAUAUGUCGUCCUCAACUUGCAGAGUUUUAAACUGUAAUGAAAUGAAGUGUGGAGAAAAUGAAAUGUGUGUUGCGGUCGGUGGCACCCAUCAAUGUGUUUGUAACCAGGAUUUUGAAGGGCAAAGUUGCGAAAAGAGAGUUGAAGCGACAUGUAAAGCUCAGGGAGAUCCACAUUACACGACAUUUGAUGGAAAACGUUUUGACUUCAUGGGAAAAUGUGAAUACGUUCUGGCAAAAGACUUUGUAAACAACACAUUUGAAAUAAGGCAAGAAAAUGAACCUUGUGGAAAUGGACUUCCCACGUGUACGAAAUCAUUGACAGUGAUAUUUACAAAUUCAACCUUCAUUCAUCUCCGAAGAGGAAUGACGUUAGUUAAUGGUGCUGAAGUUACAUUACCAGUCAACUAUCCAGAUGUUACUAUUAGUAGACCUGGAAGUGGUCAAACAUUGGUAACAAGUGAUUAUGGUGUGACAGUAUUUUGGAACAAUGUCUACAAUGUGCGAGUGACAAUUCUAGGUCGUUAUAUAAAUAGAACAUCUGGUUUAUGUGGUACUUAUAAUAAAAGACGAGGUGAUGAUUUCUGCACUUACGAUGGAAUAUGUACAACUGAUUCUGUUGAAUUCGGAAAUUCUUGGAAAGUUGAUCCAGAAUGUGACGAAGCCGUUGAAGUGUCGCACCCAUGUGACAUCAAUCCAGGGAGAAAGUUGAUAGCUCGUAAUAAGUGUUCAGCGUUAACCAAACCACCUUUCAGUAAUUGUUCCAGUUAUAUCGAUCCGGUUCAAGAAGGAUAUAUUGAAGAUUGUGAAUAUGAUAUGUGUGCUUGUGAAGAUGAUCCUGUUGUUUGUUAUUGUCAGGCUCUUGAAGCUUACGCUGAUGAUUGUGCUUCCAAUGUUGUUAUACCUUGGGAGAGUCUAGAUGAAUCCUCAAUUUGCCGUACCCCAUGCGCGAGUGCUCCAUGUUACAAUGGAGGAAAAUGUACAAACGUUGGUGCUUCAUUUGAAUGUAGAUGUCAUCCUAGUUUCCUGGGAGAUAGAUGUGAAAUUCAAGAUCAAUGCCAAGUACCUUAUUUAUUCGUUUCCACGUCAAUGGGCACUUUGUCCUAUAGCACAAAAGAACACACACUCAGCGCGAACAGUAUCGAUGAUCGUUUAAAUGCUUUGUUGUCAUAUGAUGGUAUAAACAGAAGGUUGUACCUGUAUUUUAAUAAUACAGGAUUUCAUAGUUACAAUUUGGAUGGUUCCAACGCUACCUCCAUACCGAUCAGUAAUGUAAGCUUUUUCACGGUCGAUGGCAAAAGUAAUGUGAUAUAUUAUUACCAAUCAUUUCAUAAAACUAUAUGGAUGCACAAUAUUUCAAGUGGUCAACAAACUGCAGUUGAGGCUCUAUCGGAUAUCUCUGACGUAAGAGAUUUGGAAAUCGACAUAGUUUCAGGUUAUCUCUAUAUAGCCAGAUCCUCAAAUCCUCCAAUAAUUCGUUACGAUCCAAAUGAUCAAACUUUCAAAAAUUUCACCUACUCUGGGUUAGCGCAGUCAAUUUCUGUUGACGUAUACGACAGAGCUAUCUACUGGAUCAAUUACGAGGACACAGGUUAUGAGGUCAUGAAAACGACAUAUACUGGCAAAACAAGCAAGCUGAACAUUACCUAUUCAAACAAAAUACAAGUUGCGACUGAUAUUGAAAAUUUGUACGUGAUAUCUAAGCAUGAUAACCUCAUUCUCAAAUAUAUCAAGAAUUUGGAUGCACGAGAUGUUGGAAUCAUUUCAUUACAGCGGGAGAUUAGAGGUCUUGUCGUUGCAUAUGACGUGGAUGAAUGUUGCCGUGGAACCUUUUGCUCUGUGUAUUCAACAUGCUCCUAUUCAUUGGGAAGUUUUAACUGCUCUUGCAAGGAAGGGUUUUCUGGAAAUGGUGUGAACUGUGCAGAUAUUGACGAGUGCAAAAUGGGAAAAGACACCUGCAAUGCUCAAGCGUCGUGUGUUAACACAAAUGGAUCGUUCAGCUGUUCAUGUAACAUAGGAUAUAAUGGAAAUGGGAAACUUUGUUCAGAUAUUAACGAAUGCUUCUUGAAACCAGACAUUUGCGUUAAUCCGAAUGCAACUUGCUUGAAUACUCCGGGUUCCUACGUUUGUUCUUGCCCUAUUGGAUACACUGGAGACGGCACCUUUUGCAGCGAUAUAAAUGAGUGUGACACUGGAACACAUAACUGCGAUAAUCCAUUUCGAGCAACGUGUAUCAACACCGAAGGCUCUUUUACCUGUGUUUGUAAGGAAGACUAUACCGGAGAUGGACAAACGUGUGAAUUAAUUUCAAGGUGUACGACGAAGAGUGAUCUUGGAUUUAUGUUAGACAGUUCUGGUAGUAUUGGGUGUGGACAUUUUGAGACAAUAAAAUCUUUUGUUAAGGACCUUACCGAUCAUUUUAAGAUUUCACAAAACAAUACAAGGGUCUCCGUGAUGUCAUAUGCGUCCUCACCGACUUUACAUUUUACAUUUUCUCGGGAGUUUCCGACACGACAAGAUCUUCAUUCCGCGAUAGACAACAUUCCUUACACUGGUGGAGGCACUAAUACUGCCCAAGGCUUGAGACUUGCGAAAUCUGACAUGUUCAAUACAAACAAUGGUGCCCGCAUAUUAGGAACAAAAAGAGUAUUGAUAGUCUUAACCGAUGGGAGGAGCAGUGGCAGUGUCGCACUACCAUCGCAAGAAUUGAAAAACUCUGGUAUCGUCAUAUAUUCUAUUGGAGUUGGCUCAGGAAUCGAUGUGGACGAGCUUAGGACAAUGGCUUCUCCUCCCGUGGAUAAUCAUGUCUAUUUGUUACAGAAUUUUAAUGAAUUCGCGACUUUGGCACGGAAUAUGUCGUCUACUACUUGCAAAGUAAACUGUGAUGAACUCAUUUGCGGAAGAAAUGAAAUUUGUGUAGCAGUUGGUGAUACCCAUCAAUGUGUUUGUAACGCUGAUUUUGAAGGAGAAAACUGUGAUAAAAGAGUUGAAGCGACAUGUAAAGCUCAGGGAGAUCCGCAUUACACGACAUUCGAUGGAAAACGUUUUGACUUCAUGGGAAAAUGUGAAUAUGUUCUGGCAAAAGACUUUGUAAACAACAUAUUUGAAAUAAGGCAAGCAAAUGAACCUUGUGGAAAUGGACUUCCGACGUGUACGAAAUCAUUGACAGUGAUAUUCACCAAUUCAACCUCCAUUCAACUCCGAAGAGGAAUGACUUUGGUCAAUGGAGUGAAAGUCACAUUGCCAGUCUUCUAUCCAGGUGUUAACAUUACUAAACCUGCAAGUGGUCAAACAUUGGUAACAAGUGAUUAUGGUGUCACAGUAUUUUGGAACAAUGUCUACAAUGUGCGAGUGACCGUUCGUGGUCGUUAUUUAAACAGAACAUCUGGUUUAUGCGGUACCUAUAAUAAAAGACGCGAUGAUGAAUUCUGGACAUCUAAUAGAACAGUUUUAACUGACCCAGUAGCCUUCGGAAACUCUUGGAAAGUUGAUUCAGAAUGCCCAAAUGCUGUUGAAGUGCUACACCCAUGUGAUGUCAAACCAGCGAGAAGAUUGGUGGCCCGUGAAAAGUGUUCAACAUUACUUAACCCGCCUUUCAGCAUUUGUUCCAGUUACAUAGAUGCGACCAAUGAAGGAUAUAUUGAAAACUGUGAAUAUGAUAUGUGUGCUUGUGAAGAUGAUCCAGUUGUUUGUUAUUGUCAGGCUCUUGAAGCUUACGGUGAUGAUUGCUCACCCCAUGUGAAUAUACCAUGGAAGGGAACAAAUGAAUCUGCAAUUUGCCAUACCCCUUGUGCAAGUGCUCCAUGUUACAAUAGAGGAACUUGCAUCAAUCUUGGUCCUUCAUCAUUUCAAUGCAGAUGUCCUGCUGAAUAUCGCGGUGAAAGAUGCGAAAGUGAAGUUCGUCACCAAAUACCGUAUUUAUUCUUCUCAACAUCACUUGGCACGCUGUCCUAUAAUACGAAAAUAUCCACAAGUAUCCCAACCAAAGUUGACGAUAGAGUGAAUGCUUUACUGUCUUUUGAUGCAAUAAACAAACGGUUGUACCUGUACGUGAAGUUACAAGGUUUUACAAGUUACAAAUUGGAUGGCUCAGAUGCUACUACAACAUCAAUCAAUGAUGUGGAUUUAUUCACGGUGGAUGGGAGAACAAAUUCGAUAAUUUAUUAUCACUCAAUUGAACAUAAAUUAAGAACACACAAUAUGACAGGUGGACAAGAUAUUAAAAUCGAUGCUUUAUCCUAUCUAUCCAACGUCACAGAUCUUGAAAUGGACACAACUAAUGGUUACCUCUACAUAGCAAGUGCAAAUGAUCCACAAAUCGUGCGCUACAAUCCAUCGGAUCAAUCAAAGUCGGAGAUCCAUUUUGCCGGCGGUUCUGCACAGUCAAUUUUUUUUGACGAAUACAAUAAUGUUAUUUACUGGGCGAAUUUCGAUGGAAGCUAUCACAGCGUCAUGAAAACACUGCCAAAUAAAGAAACAGUUUCUUUGAAUAUAUCGUAUCCAGGCAAAAUUGAAGUGACUUCUGACUUCUUUAAUUUGUUUGUUUUUGACAUCAACAACAACCGGAUUGACAUGUAUUUGAAAACAUCGCUUGAGAAGCUUGGGAAUAUCACCAAUAAUGUUCAAAUUCACGAUUUAGUUGUAGCAUAUGACACAGAUGAAUGCCUGCUUCGAAAUGUCUGUCCCGAGAAAUUUGUAUGCGAAAACACUCUUGGAAGUUUCACCUGUACUUGUAGUGUAGGGUAUGCUAGAAAUGGCAGUCAUUGCGAAGAUAUAAAUGAAUGCGAGAUUGGGAGUAACAACUGUGAUCAUUCAAUCCGAGCAUCAUGUAUAAACACGGAUGGUUCAUUUACUUGUAUUUGUAACGAAGAUUAUACCGGAGAUGGGCGAACAUGUAAAUUAAUUCCAAGGUGUACGACGAAGAUUGAUCUUGGAUUUAUGUUAGACAGUUCUGGUAGUAUCGGGUCAGCACAUUUUGAGACAAUGAAAUCGUUUGUAAAGGACCUUAUCUAUCACUUCAAAGUUUCACAAAACAAUACAAGGGUCUCCGUGAUGUCAUAUGCCUCCUCGCCGUCAUUGCAUCUUACAUUUUCUCAAACAUUUCCAACACGGCAAGAUCUCUAUUCUGCUAUAGACAACAUUCCGUACACGGGUGGAGGCACUAAUACUGCCGCAGCCUUGACACUUGCGAAAUCGCACAUGUUUAAUACCCGCAUAUCAGACACAAAAAGAAUACUGAUAGUGUUGACUGAUGGGAAAAGCAGUGGAAAUGUUGCGCAACCAUCCCAGGAGCUAAAAAAAGCAGGCGUUAUCGUAUAUUCGAUUGGAGUUGGCUCAGGAAUCGAUGUAAACGAGUUGAAAACAAUGGCUUCACAUCCUGCAGAUAAAUAUGUUUACUUAUUGCAAGAUUUUAAUGAAUUUGCAACUUUGGCACAGAAUAUGUCGUCCUCAACUUGCAAAGUUUUAAACUGCAAUGAAAUGAAGUGCGGAGAAAAUGAAAUGUGUGUUGCGGUCGGUGGCACCCAUCAAUGUGUUUGUAACCAUGAUUUUGAAGGACAAAGUUGCGAAAAGAGAGUUGAAGCGACAUGUAAAGCUCAGGGAGAUCCACAUUACACGACAUUCGAUGGAAAACGUUUUGACUUCAUGGGAAAAUGUGAAUAUGUUCUGGCAAAAGACUUUGUAAACAACACAUUUGAAAUAAGGCAAGCAAAUGAACCUUGUGGAAAUGGACUUCCGACGUGUACGAAAUCAUUGACUGUGAUAUUUACAAAUUCAACCUUUAUUCAUCUCCGAAGAGGAAUGACGUUAGUUAAUGGUGUGAAAGUUACGUUGCCAGUCGACUAUCCAGAUGUUAACAUUAGUAGACCUGGAAGUGGUCAAACAUUGGUAACAAGUGAUUACGGUGUGACAGUAUUUUGGAACAAUGUCUACAAUGUGCGAGUGACAAUUCUAGGUCGUUAUAUAAAUAGAACAUCUGGUUUAUGUGGUACUUAUAAUAAAAGACGAGGUGAUGAUUUCUGCACUUACGAUGGAAUAUGUACAACUGAUUCUGUUGCAUUCGGAAAUUCUUGGAAAGUUGAUCCAGAAUGUGACGAAGCCGUUGAAGUGCCGCACCCAUGUGACAUCAAUCCAGGGAGAAAAUUGAUAGCUCGUAAUAAGUGUUCAGCGUUAACCAAACCACCUUUCAGUAAUUGUUCCAGUUAUAUCGAUCCGGUUCAAGAAGGAUAUAUUGAAGAUUGUGAAUAUGAUAUGUGUGCUUGUGAAGAUGAUCCUGUUGUUUGUUAUUGUCAGGCUCUUGAAGCUUACGCUGAUGAUUGUGCUUCCAAUGUUGUUAUACCUUGGGAGAGUCUAGAUGAAUCCUCAAUUUGCCGUACCCCUUGUGCGAGUGCUCCAUGUUACAAUGGAGGAAGAUGUACAAACGUUGGUGCUUCAUUUGAAUGUAGAUGUCAUCCUAGUUUCCUGGGAGAUAGAUGUGAAAUUCAAGAUCAAUGCCAAGUACCUUAUUUAUUCGUUUCCACGUCAAUGGGCACUUUGUCCUAUAGCACUAAAGAUUACACACUUGGCGCGAACAGUAUCGAUGAUCGUUUAAAUGCUUUGUUGUCAUAUGAUGGUAUAAACAGAAGGUUGUACCUGUAUUUUAAUAAUACAGGAUUUCAUAGUUACAAUUUGGAUGGUUCCAACGCUACCUCCAUACCGAUCAGUAAUGUAAGCUUUUUCACGGUCGAUGGCAAAAGUAAUGUGAUAUAUUAUUACCACUCACUUCAUAAAAACAUAUGGAUGUACAAUAUUUCAAGUGGUCAACAAACUGCAGUUGAGGCUCUAUCGGAUAUCUCUGACGUAAGAGACUUGGAAAUCGACAUAGUUUCAGGUUAUCUCUAUAUGGCCAGAUCCUCAAAUCCCCCAAUCAUUCGCUACGAUCCAAAUGAUCAAUCAAUCAAAAACUUCACCUAUCCCGGGUUAGCGCAAUCAAUUUCUGUUGACGUAUACGACAGAGCUAUCUACUGGAUCAAUUACGAGGACACAGGUUACGAGGUCAUGAAAACGACAUAUACUGGCAAAACAAGCAACCUGAACAUUACAUAUUCAAACAAAAUACAAGUUGCGACUGAUAUUGAAAAUUUGUACGUGAUAUCUAAGCAUGAUAACCUCAUUCUCAAAUAUAUCAAGAAUUUGAAUGCACGAGAUGUUGGAAUCAUUUCAUUACAGCGGGAGAUUAGAGGUCUUGUCGUUGCAUAUGACGUGGAUGAAUGUUGCCGUGGAACAUUUUGUUCAGUGUAUUCAACAUGUUCAGAUUCAUUGGGAAGUUUUAACUGCUCUUGCAAAGAAGGAUACACUGGAAAUGGUGAAAAUUGUGAAGAUAUAAAUGAAUGCGAGAUUGGGAGUAACAACUGUGAUCAUUCAAUUCGAGCAUCAUGUAUAAACACGAAUGGUUCAUUUGCCUGUAUUUGUAACGAAGAUUAUACUGGAGAUGGGCGAACAUGUAAAUUAAUUCCAAGGUGUACGACGAAGAUUGAUCUUGGAUUUAUGUUAGACAGUUCUGGUAGUAUUGGGUCAGCACAUUUUGAGACAAUGAAAUCGUUUGUAAAGGACCUUAUCUAUCACUUCAAAGUUUCACAAAACAAUACAAGGGUCUCCGUGAUGUCAUAUGCCUCCUCGCCGUCAUUGCAUCUUACAUUUUCUCAAGCAUUUCCAACACGGCAAGAUCUUUAUUCUGCUAUAGACAACAUUCCGUACACGGGUGGAGGCACUAAUACUGCCGCAGCCUUGACACUUGCGAAAUCGCACAUGUUUAAUACCCGCAUAUCAGACACAAAAAGAAUACUGAUAGUGUUGACUGAUGGGAAAAGCAGUGGAAAUGUUGCCCAACCAUCCCAGGAGCUAAAAAAAGCAGGCGUUAUCGUAUAUUCGAUUGGAGUUGGCUCAGGAAUCGAUGUAAACGAGUUGAAAACAAUGGCUUCACAUCCUGCAGAUAAAUAUGUUUACUUAUUGCAAGAUUUUAAUGAAUUUGCAACUUUGGCACAGAAUAUGUCGUCCUCAACUUGCAAAGUUUUAAACUGCAAUGAAAUGAAGUGCGGAGAAAAUGAAAUGUGUGUUGCGGUCGGUGGCACCCAUCAAUGUGUUUGUAACCAUGAUUUUGAAGGACAAAGUUGCGAAAAGAGAGUUGAAGCGACAUGUAAAGCUCAGGGAGAUCCACAUUACACGACAUUCGAUGGAAAACGUUUUGACUUCAUGGGAAAAUGUGAAUAUGUUCUGGCAAAAGACUUUGUAAACAACACAUUUGAAAUAAGGCAAGAAAAUGAACCCUGUGGAAAUGGACUUCCGACGUGUACAAAAUCAUUGACUGUGAUAUUUACAAAUUCAACCUUUAUUCAUCUCCGAAGAGGAAUGACGUUAGUUAAUGGUGUGAAAGUUACGUUGCCAGUCGACUAUCCAGAUGUUAACAUUAGUAGACCUGGAAGUGGUCAAACAUUGGUAACAAGUGAUUAUGGUGUGACAGUAUUUUGGAACAAUGUCUACAAUGUGCGAGUGACAAUUCUAGGUCGUUAUAUAAAUAGAACAUCUGGUUUAUGUGGUACUUAUAAUAAAAGACGAGGUGAUGAUUUCUGCACUUACGAUGGAAUAUGUACAACUGAUUCUGUUGCAUUCGGAAAUUCUUGGAAAGUUGAUCCAGAAUGUGACGAAGCCGUUGAAGUGCCGCACCCAUGUGACAUCAAUCCAGGGAGAAAAUUGAUAGCUCGUAAUAAGUGUUCAGCGUUAACCAAACCACCUUUCAGUAAUUGUUCCAGUUAUAUCGAUCCGGUUCAAGAAGGAUAUAUUGAAGAUUGUGAAUAUGAUAUGUGUGCUUGUGAAGAUGAUCCUGUUGUUUGUUAUUGUCAGGCUCUUGAAGCUUACGCUGAUGAUUGUGCUUCCAAUGUUGUUAUACCUUGGGAGAGUCUAGAUGAAUCCUCAAUUUGCCGUACCCCUUGUGCGAGUGCUCCAUGUUACAAUGGAGGAAGAUGUACAAACGUUGGCGCUUCAUUUGAAUGUAGAUGUCAUCCUAGUUUCCUGGGAGAUAGAUGUGAAAUUCAAGAUCAAUGCCAAGUACCUUAUUUAUUCGUUUCCACAUCAAUGGGCACUUUGUCCUAUAGCACAAAAGAACACACACUCAGCGCGAACAGUAUCGAUGAUCGUUUAAAUGCUUUGUUGUCAUAUGAUGGUAUAAACAGAAGGUUGUACCUGUAUUUUAAUAAUACAGGAUUUCAUAGUUACAAUUUGGAUGGUUCCAACGCUACCUCCAUACCGAUCAGUAAUGUAAGCUUUUUCACGGUCGAUGGCAAAAGUAAUGUGAUAUAUUAUUUCCACUCACUUCAUAAAACUAUAUGGAUGCACAAUAUUUCAAGUGGUCAACAAACUGCAGUUGAGGCUCUAUCGGAUAUCUCUGACGUAAGAGAUUUGGAAAUCGACAUAGUUUCAGGUUAUCUCUAUAUAGCCAGAUCCUCAAAUCCUCCAAUAAUUCGUUACGAUCCAAAUGAUCAAACUUUCAAAAAUUUCACCUACUCUGGGUUAGCGCAGUCAAUUUCUGUUGACGUAUACGACAGUGCUAUCUACUGGAUAAAUUACGAGGACACUGGUUACGAGGUCAUGAAAACGACAUAUACUGGCAAAACAAGCAAGCUGAACAUUACCUAUUCAAACAAAAUACAAGUUGCGACUGAUAUUGACAAUUUGUAUGUGUUAUCUAAAGAUAAUAAGUUGAUUUACAUGUAUGUCAAGAACUUAUUUUUAAAACAAGGUGGAAACAUUUCGUUGAACCAGGAAAUGGCCGGUUUUGUUGUUGCAUAUGACGUGGAUGAAUGUUGCCGUGGAGCCUUUUGCUCUGUUUAUUCAACAUGCUCAGAUUCAUUGGGAAGUUUUAACUGCUCUUGCAAGGAAGGGUUUUCUGGAAAUGGUGUGAACUGUGCAGAUAUUGACGAGUGCAAAAUGGGAAGAGACACCUGCAAUGCUCAAGCGUCGUGUGUUAACACAAAUGGAUCGUUCAGCUGUUCAUGUAACAUUGGAUAUAAUGGAAAUGGGAAACUUUGUUCAGAUAUUAACGAAUGCUUCUUGAAACCAGACAUUUGCGUUAAUCCGAAUGCAACUUGCUUGAAUACUCCGGGUUCCUACGUUUGUUCUUGCCCGAUUGGAUACACUGGAGACGGCACCUUUUGCAUCGAUAUAAAUGAGUGCGACACUGGAACACACAACUGCGAUAAUCCAUUUCGAGCAACGUGUAUCAACACCGAAGGCUCUUUUACCUGUGUUUGUAAGGAAGACUAUACCGGAGAUGGACAAACGUGUGAACUAAUUUCAAGAUGUACGACGAAGAGUGAUCUUGGAUUUAUGUUAGACAGUUCUGGUAGUAUUGGGUCUGGACAUUUUGAGACAAUAAAAUCUUUUGUUAAGGACCUUACCGAUCAUUUUAAGAUUUCACAAAACAAUACAAGGGUCUCCGUGAUGUCAUAUGCGUCCUCACCGACUUUACGUUUUACAUUUUCUCGGGAGUUUCCGACACGACAAGAUCUUCAUUCCGCGAUAGACAACAUUCCUUACACUGGUGGAGGCACUAAUACUGCCCAAGGCUUGAGACUUGCGAAAUCUGACAUGUUCAAUACAAACAAUGGUGCCCGCAUAUUAGGAACAAAAAGAGUAUUGAUAGUCUUAACCGAUGGGAGGAGCAGUGGCAGUGUCGGACUACCAUCGCAAGAAUUGAAAAACUCUGGUAUUGUCAUAUAUUCUAUUGGAGUUGGCUCAGGAAUCGAUGUGGACGAACUUAGGACAAUGGCUUCUCCUCCCGUGGAUAAUCAUGUCUAUUUGUUACAGAAUUUUAAUGAAUUCGCGACUUUGGCACGGAAUAUGUCGUCUACUACUUGCAAAGUAAACUGUGAUGAACUCACUUGCGGAAGAAAUGAAAUUUGUGUAGCGGUUGGUGAUACCCAUCAAUGUGUUUGUAACGCUGAUUUUGAAGGAGAAAACUGUGAUAAAAGAGUUGAAGCGACAUGUAAAGCUCAGGGAGAUCCGCAUUACACGACAUUCGAUGGAAGACGUUUUGACUUCAUGGGAAAAUGUGAAUAUGUUCUGGCAAAAGACUUUGUAAACAACACAUUUGAAAUAAGGCAAGCAAAUGAACCUUGUGGAAAUGGACUUCCGACGUGUACGAAAUCAUUGACAGUCUUAUUCACCAAUUCAACCUCCAUUCAUCUCCGAAGAGGAAUGACAUUGGUCAAUGGAGCGAAAGUCACAUUGCCAGUCUUCUGUCCAGGUGUUAACAUUACUAAACCUGCAAGUGGUCAAACAUUGGUAACAAGUGAUUAUGGUGUCACAGUAUUUUGGAACAAUGUCUACAAUGUGCGAGUGACCGUUCGUGGUCGUUAUUUAAACAGAACAUCUGGUUUAUGCGGUACCUAUAAUAAAAGACGCGAUGAUGAAUUCUGGACAUCCAAUAGAACAGUUUUAACUGACCCAGUAGCCUUCGGAAACUCUUGGAAAGUUGAUCCAGAAUGCGCAAAUGCUGUUGAAGUGCUACACCCAUGUGAUGUCAAACCAGCUAGAAGAUUGCUGGCCCGUGAAAAGUGUUCAACAUUACUUAACCCGCCCUUCAGUAUUUGUUCCAGUUACAUCGAUGCGACCAGUGAAGGGUAUAUUGAAGACUGUGAAUAUGAUAUGUGUGCUUGUGAAGAUGAUCCUGUUGUUUGUUAUUGUCAGGCUCUUGAAGCUUACGCUGAUGAUUGCUCACCCCAUGUUAAUAUACCAUGGAAGGGAACAAAUGAAUCUGCAAUUUGCCAUACCCCUUGCGCAAGUGCUCCAUGUUACAAUAGAGGAACUUGCAUCAAUCUUGGUCCUUCGUCAUUUCAAUGCAGAUGUCCUGCUGAAUAUCGCGGUGAAAGAUGCGAAAGUGAAGUUCGUCACCAAAUACCGUAUUUAUUCUUCUCAACAUCACUUGGCACGCAUUCUUAUAAUACGAAAAUAUCCACAAGUAUCCCAACCAAAGUUGACGAUAGAGUGAAUGCUUUACUGUCUUUUGAUGCAAUAAACAAACGGUUGUACCUGUAUGUGAAGUUACAAGGCUUUACAAGUUACAAUUUGGAUGGCUCAGAUGCUACUACAACAUCAAUCAAUGAUGUGGAUUUAUUCACGGUGGAUGGGAGAACAAAUUCGAUAAUUUAUUAUCACUCAAUUGAACAUAAAUUAAGAACACACAUUAUGACAGGUGGACAAGAUAUUAAAAUCGAUGCUUUAUCCUAUCUAUCCAACGUCACAGAUCUUGAAAUGGACACAACUAAUGGUUACCUCUACAUAGCAAGUGCAAAUGAUCCACAAAUCGUGCGCUACAAUCCAUCUGAACAAUCAAAGUCAGAGAUCCAUUUUGCCGGCGGUUCUGCACAGUCAAUUUUUUUUGACGAAUACAAUAAUGUUAUUUACUGGGCAAAUUUCGAUGGAAGCUAUCACAGCGUCAUGAAAACACUGCCUAAUAAAGAAACAGUUUCCUUAAAUAUAUCGUAUCCAGGCAAAAUUGAAGUGACUUCUGACUUUCUUAAUUUGUUUGUUUUUGACAUCAACAACAACCGGAUUGAUAUGUAUUUGAAAACAUCGCUUGAGAAGCUUGGGAAUAUCACUAAUAAUGUUCAAAUUCACGAUUUAGUUGUAGCAUAUGACACAGAUGAAUGCCAGCUUCGAACUCACUGUCCCGAGAAAUUUGUAUGCGAAAACACUCUUGGAAGUUUCACCUGUACUUGUAGUGUAGGGUAUGCUAGAAAUGGUAGUCAUUGCGAAGAUAUAAAUGAAUGCGAGAUUGGGAGUAACAAUUGUGAUCAUUCAAUUCGAGCGACAUGUAUAAACACGGAUGGUUCAUUUACCUGCCUUUGUAACGAAGAUUAUACCGGAGAUGGGCGAACAUGCAAAUUAAUUCCAAGAUGUACGACGAAGAGUGAUCUUGGAUUUAUGUUAGACAGUUCUGGUAGUAUCGGAUCAGCACAUUUUGAGACAAUGAAAUCGUUUGUAAAGGACCUUAUCUUUCACUUCAAAGUUUCACAAAACAAAACAAGGGUCUCCGUGAUAUCAUAUGCCUCCUCGGCGUCAUUGCAUCUUACAUUUUCUCAAGCAUUUCCAACACGGCAAGAUCUCUAUUCUGCUAUAGACAACAUUCCGUACACGGGUGGAGGCACUAAUACUGCCGAAGGCUUGAGACUUGCGAAAUCACACAUGUUCAAUACCAACAAUGGUGCGCGCGUAUUAGGAACAAAAAGGGUUUUGAUAGUGUUGACUGAUGGGCAAAGCAGUGGAAAUGUUGCACAACCAUCCCAGGAGCUAAAAAAAGAAGACGUUGUCAUAUAUUCGAUUGGAGUUGGCUCAGGAAUCGAUGUAAACGAGUUGAGAAUAAUGGCUUCACCUCCUGUUGAUGAUCAUGUUUACUUAUUGCAAGAUUUUAAUGAAUUUUCAAUUUUGGCACAGAAUAUGUCGUCCACAACAUGCAGAGUUUUGAACUGUAAUGAAAUAAGAUGCGGAGAAAAUGAGAUAUGUGUUCCGGUUGGUGAUACCCAUGGAUGUAUUUGUCACCCUGAUUUUGAAGGACAAAGUUGCCAAAAAAGAGUUGAAGCGACAUGUAAAGCCCAGGGAGAUCCACAUUACACUACAUUUGAUGGAAAACGUUUUGACUUCAUGGGAAAAUGUGAAUAUGUUCUGGCAAAAGACUUUGUAAACAACACAUUUGAAAUAAGGCAAGCAAAUGAACCUUGUGGAAAUGGACUUCCGACGUGUACGAAAUCAUUGACAGUGAUAUUUACAAAUUUAACCUUCAUUGAAUUGCGAAGAGGAAUGACGUUAGUUAAUGGUGUGAAAGUCACAUUGCCAGUCAGCUAUCCAGAUGUUAACAUUACUAAGCCUGGAAGUGGUCAAACAUUGGUAACAAGUGAUUAUGGUGUGACAGUAUUUUGGAACAAUGUCUACAAUGUGCGAGUGACAAUUCUAGGUCGUUAUAUAAAUAGAACAUCUGGUUUAUGUGGUACUUAUAAUAAAAGACGAGGUGAUGAUUUCUGCACUUACGAUGGAAUAUGUACAACUGAUUCUGUUGCAUUCGGAAAUUCUUGGAAAGUUGAUCCAGAAUGUGACGAAGCCGUUGAAGUGCCGCACCCAUGUGACAUCAAUCCAGGGAGAAAAUUGAUAGCUCGUAAUAAGUGUUCAGCGUUAACCAAACCACCUUUCAGUAAUUGUUCCAGUUAUAUCAAUCCGGUUCAAGAAGGAUAUAUUGAAGAUUGUGAAUAUGAUAUGUGUGCUUGUGAAGAUGAUCCUGUUGUUUGUUAUUGUCAGGCUCUUGAAGCUUACGCUGAUGAUUGUGCUUCCAAUGUUGUUAUACCUUGGGAGAGUCUAGAUGAAUCCUCAAUUUGCCGUACCCCUUGUGCGAGUGCUCCAUGUUACAAUGGAGGAAGAUGUACAAACGUUGGUGCUUCAUUUGAAUGUAGAUGUCAUCCUAGUUUCCUGGGAGAUAGAUGUGAAAUUCAAGAUCAAUGCCAAGUACCUUAUUUAUUCGUUUCCACGUCAAUGGGCACUUUGUCCUAUAGCACUAAAGAUUACACACUUGGCGCGAACAGUAUCGAUGAUCGUUUAAAUGCUUUGUUGUCAUAUGAUGGUAUAAACAGAAGGUUGUACCUGUAUUUUAAUAAUACAGGAUUUCAUAGUUACAUUUUGGAUGGUUUCAACGCUACCUCCAUACCGAUCAGUAAUGUAAGCUUUUUCACGGUCGAUGGCAAAAGUAAUGUGAUAUAUUAUUUCCACUCACUUCAUAAAAGUAUAUGGAUGUACAAUAUUUCAAGUGGUCAACAAACUGCAGUUGAGGCUCUAUCGGAUAUCUCUGACGUAAGAGACUUGGAAAUCGACAUAGUUUCAGGUUAUAUCUAUAUGGCCAGAUCCUCAAAUCCCCCAAUCAUUCGCUACGAUCCAAAUGAUCAAUCAAUCAAAAAUUUCACCUAUCCCGGGUUAGCGCAAUCAAUUUCUGUUGACGUAUACGACAGAGUUAUCUACUGGAUUAAUUACGAGGACACAGGUUACGAGGUCAUGAAAACGACAUAUACUGGCAAAACAAGCAAGCUGAACAUUACCUAUUCAAACAAAAUACAAGUUGCGACUGAUAUUGAAAAUUUGUACGUGAUAUCUAAGCAUGAUAACCUCAUUCUCAAAUAUAUCAAGAAUUUGGAUGCACGAGAUGUUGGAAUCAUUUCAUUACAGCGGGAGAUUAGAGGUCUUGUCGUUGCAUAUGACGUGGAUGAAUGUUGCCGUGGAACAUUUUGUUCAGUGUAUUCAACAUGUUCAGAUUCAUUGGGAAGUUUUAACUGCUCUUGCAAAGAAGGAUACACUGGAAAUGGUGAAAAUUGUGAAGAUAUAAAUGAAUGCGAGAUUGGGAGUAACAACUGUGAUCAUUCAAUUCGAGCAUCAUGUAUAAACACGAAUGGUUCAUUUGCCUGUAUUUGUAACGAAGAUUAUACUGGAGAUGGGCGAACAUGUAAAUUAAUUCCAAGGUGUACGACGAAGAUUGAUCUUGGAUUUAUGUUAGACAGUUCUGGUAGUAUUGGGUCAGCACAUUUUGAGACAAUGAAAUCGUUUGUAAAGGACCUUAUCUAUCACUUCAAAGUUUCACAAAAUAAUACAAGGGUCUCCGUGAUGUCAUAUGCCUCCUCACCGUCAUUGCAUCUUACAUUUUCUCAAGCAUUUCCAACACGGCAAGAUCUCUAUUCUGCUAUAGACAACAUUCCGUACACGGGUGGAGGCACUAAUACUGCCGCAGCCUUGACACUUGCGAAAUCGCACAUGUUUAAUACCCGCAUAUCAGACACAAAAAGAAUACUGAUAGUGUUGACUGAUGGGAAAAGCAGUGGAAAUGUUGCACAACCAUCCCAGGAGCUAAAAAAAGCAGGCGUUGUCAUAUAUUCGAUUGGGGUUGGCUCAGGAAUCGAUGUAAACGAGUUGAAAACAAUGGCUUCACAUCCCGUAGAUAAAUAUGUUUACUUAUUGCAAGAUUUUAAUGAAUUUGCAACUUUGGCACAGAAUAUGUCGUCCUCAACUUGCAGAGUUUUAAACUGUAAUGAAAUGAAGUGUGGAGAAAAUGAAAUGUGUGUUGCGGUCGGUGGCACCCAUCAAUGUGUUUGUAACCAGGAUUUUGAAGGGCAAAGUUGCGAAAAGAGAGUUGAAGCGACAUGUAAAGCUCAGGGAGAUCCGCAUUACACGACAUUUGAUGGAAAACGUUUUGACUUCAUGGGAAAAUGUGAAUACGUUCUGGCAAAAGACUUUGUAAACAACACAUUUGAAAUAAGGCAAGAAAAUGAACCUUGUGGAAAUGGACUUCCCACGUGUACGAAAUCAUUGACAGUGAUAUUUACAAAUUCAACCUUCAUUCAUCUCCGAAGAGGAAUGACCUUAGUUAAUGGUGCUCAAGUUACAUUACCAGUCAACUAUCCAGAUGUUACCAUUAGUAGACCUGGAAGUGGUCAAACAUUGGUAACAAGUGACUAUGGCGUGACAGUAUUUUGGAACAAUGUCUACAAUGUGCGAGUGACAAUUUUAGGUCGUUAUAUAAAUAGAACAUCUGGUUUAUGUGGUACUUAUAAUAAAAGGCGUGGUGAUGAUUUCUGGACAUACAAUGGAACAUUUACAACUGAUUCAGUUGCAUUCGGAAAUUCUUGGAAAGUUGAUUCAGAAUGUGACGAAGCCAUUGAAGUGCCGCACCCAUGUGAUAUCAAUCCAGGAAGAAAAUGGAAAGCUCGUGAAAAGUGUUCAACGUUAACCAAACCACCUUUCAGUAAUUGUUCCAGUUAUAUCGAUCCCGUUCAAGAAGGAUAUAUUGAAGAUUGUGAAUAUGAUAUGUGUGCUUGUGAAGAUGAUCCUGUUGUUUGUUAUUGUCAGGCUCUUGAAGCUUACGCUGAUGAUUGUGCUUCCAACGUUGUUAUACCUUGGGAGAGUUUAGAUGAAUCCGCAAGUUGCCGUACCCCAUGUGCGAGUGCUCCAUGUUACAAUGGAGGAAGAUGUAGAAACGUUGGUGCUUCAUUUGAAUGUAGAUGUCAUCCCAGUUUCUUGGGAGAUAGAUGUGAAAUUCAAGAUCGAUGCCAAGUACCCUAUUUAUUCGUUUCCACAUCAAUGGGAACUUUGUCCUAUAGCACAAAAGAAUCCACUCCCAGCCCGAAGAGUAUCGACGGUCGUUUAAAUGCUUUGUUGUCAUAUGAUGGUAUAAACAGAAAGUUGUACCUGUAUUUUAAUACCACAGGAUUUGAAAGUUAUAAUUUGGAUGGUUCCAACGCUACCUCCAUACCGAUUAGUAAUGUAAGCUUUUUCACGGUCGAUGGCAAAAGUAAUGUGAUAUAUUAUUACCACUCACUUCAUAAAAGUAUAUGGAUGCACAAUAUUUCAAGUGGUCAACAAACUGCAGUUGAGGCUCUAUCGGAUAUCUCUGACGUAAGAGAUCUGGAAAUCGACAUAGCUUCAGGUUAUCUCUAUAUGGCCAGAUCUUCAAAUCCUCCAAUCAUUCGCUACGAUCCAAAUGAUCAAUCAUUCAAAAAUUUUACCUAUCCCGGGUUAGCGCAGUCAAUUUCUGUUGACGUAUACGACAGUGCUAUCUACUGGAUCAAUUACGAGAACACAGGUUACGAGGUCAUGAAAACGACAUAUACAGGGAAAACAAGCAAGCUGAACAUCACCUAUCCAGAAAAGAUACAAGUUGCAACUGAUAUUGACAAUUUGUAUGUGUUAUCUAAAGAAAAUAAGUUGAUUUACAUGUAUGUCAAGAACUUAUUUCUAGAACAAGGUGGAAACAUUUCAUUGAACCAAGAGAUGGCCGGUUUUGUUGUUGCAUAUGACGUGGAUGAAUGUUGCCGUGGAACCUUUUGCUCUGUAUAUUCAACAUGCUCAGAUUCAUUGGGAAGUUUUAACUGCUCUUGCAAGGAAGGGUUUUUUGGAAAUGGUGUGAACUGUGCAGAUAUAAAUGAAUGUUUCGAUCCAAACGCUUGUCAUCCUAACGCCACAACUUGUGUAAACCAAAUUGGUUCUUACUAUUGUCUGUGUGAUGAAGGCUUCAUAGGUGAUGGCCAACAUUGUGAAGUGAAAAAUUGCAGUAUUCUUGCCUGUGGGAAAAAUGAAAAUUGCAUUCCUGCCAAUGGUAUUUUCAAAUGUGUAUGUAAAGAAAAUCAUGAAGGACCUCAUUGCAGGCGAAUUGAAGGAACAUGUAAUUCACGAGGCGAUCCGCACUAUUCAACAUUUGAUGGGAUACAUUAUGAAUUCAUGGGGACAUGUGAAUACGUUAUGGCUAGAGACAACGUGAACAACACAUUUGAAAUAAGACAAGUGAAUGAAAAAUGUGGAAAUGGACAACCUUCCUGCACAAAGUCAUUGACAGUAUUGUUUCCAAAUAUAACCAUCCAACUCCUGCGAGGCAGUGUGGUUGUGAAUGGAGCGACAGUUUCCUUAAUGUAUAUGGCCAAAGGUGUGAAUAUCUCCAAUCCUACUCGUGGCAUAACCUUGAUUGAAAGUGAUUAUGGUGUCGAAGUAAUGUGGAAUAACGUUCAUAACGUGAGAAUAACAGUACAAGCUCGUUAUCUAAGUAGAACAUCUGGUUUAUGUGGAACAUUUAACAGAUAUCGUGGAGAUGAUUUCUUAACACCCAAUGGAACAUUAGCAAACAAUGCAAUAGAUUUUGGCAACUCCUGGAAAACUAAUCUUGAUUGUGAAGAUGCGAUAUUUGUAGAUCAUCCUUGUAAAACAAAUCCUGAUAGAAAUGUAACUGCAAGAGCCAACUGCUCAGCUUUACGAAAUGCUCCAUUUGAUGCCUGCGCAAGUUAUAUCAACCCAGACUCCGAAGGUUACAUUGAAGAUUGUGAGUACGAUGUUUGUGCUUGCGAUGAUCAUCCAACAGUUUGUGUAUGUCAAGCAAUAGAGGCUUAUGUCGGUAACUGUGCUUCACGUGGCGUGAUAAUCAACUGGUUGAAUCACCCUCGAUAUCGUCAAUGUAGUACUGCUUGUGCCAGUGAUCCGUGCUUCAAUGGAGGGACUUGCACAAACAAUGGAUCAUCAUUUUUUUGCUCAUGUCCUGUUGGUUAUACUGGUUACCGUUGUGAAAUUCGAAUUACUCCGUGUUCAAGUGCUCCGUGCUUAAAUGGGGGUUUGUGCAGGGAUAUCAAUCGACGUAUUGGAGGACAGUUCGUGUGCAAUUGUCUAUUUGACUUUUUUGGACCACGAUGUGAAUUUAAAGAUACCAAUGAAUGUUUGCAUCGCAACGCUUGUCAUCCUAAUGCCACAACUUGUGUAAACCAAAUUGGUUCUUACUAUUGUUUGUGUGAUGAAGGUUUCAUAGGUGAUGGCCAACAUUGUGAAGUAAAAAACUGCAGUGUCCUUGCCUGUGGAGAAAAUGAAAAUUGCAUUCCGCUAAACAGCCUCUUCAAAUGUGUAUGUAAAGACGGAUAUGAGGGACCAAGUUGCAAGCGAAUUGAAGGAACGUGUUAUUCACGAGGUGAUCCUCAUUAUUCAACAUUUGAUGGGAUACAUUAUGAAUUCAUGGGGACAUGUGAAUAUGUUAUGGCUAGAGACAACGUGAACAACACAUUUGAGAUAAGACAAGUGAAUGAAAAAUGUGGAAAUGGACAACCUUCCUGCACAAAGUCAUUGAAAGUAUUGUUUCCAAAUAUUACUGUGCAACUCCUGCGAGGAAGUGUUGUUGUGAAUGACGCAAAAAUUUCUUUAUCAACAAAGUAUAAAGCCAAAGGUGUGAAUAUCUCCAAUCCUAAUCGUGGCAUAACCUUGAUUGAAAGUGAUUAUGGUGUUGAAGUAAUGUGGAAUAACGUUCAUAACGUGAGAAUAACAGUACAAGCUCGUUAUCUUAGUAGAACAUCUGGUUUAUGUGGAACAUUUAACAGAUAUCGUGGAGAUGAUUUCUUAACACCCAAUGGAACAUUAGCAAACAAUGCAAUAGAUUUUGGCAACUCCUGGAAAACUAAUCUUGACUGUGAAGAUGCAAUAUUUGUAGAUCAUCCUUGUAAAACAAAUCCUGAUAGAAAUGCAACUGCAAGAGCCAACUGCUCAGCCUUACGAAAUGCUCCAUUUGAUGCAUGCGCAAGUUAUAUCAACCCAGAUUCCGAAGGUUAUAUUGAAGAUUGUGAAUACGAUGUUUGUGCUUGCGAUGAUCAUCCAACAGUUUGUGUAUGUCAAGCAAUAGAGGCUUAUGUCGGUAACUGUGCUUCACGUGGCGUGAUAAUCAACUGGUUAAGUCACCCUCGAUACCACCAAUGUACAACUCCUUGUGCUAGUGAUCCAUGUUUCAACGGAGGAACUUGUGCAAACAAUGGUUCCUCAUCAUUCUCUUGUUCAUGUCCGGUUGGUUAUACUGGCUACCGUUGUGAAAUACAAGUGACAAAUUGUGGCGAUCUAUCCUGUGGUGAAAAUGAAAUAUGUGUUGCUGUUGGAAACACGUUUGAUUGUGCUUGUCGCCAAGAUUAUGGAGGAGAAAAUUGUGAAAAGAUUGAAGCGACAUGUAAAACUCAUGGAGAUCCGCAUUAUACCUCAUUUGAUGGGAAACGUUUUGAGUUCAUGGGUAAAUGUGAAUAUGUUCUCGCCAAAGACAAAGUUAACAACGCAUUUGAAAUAAGACAAGAGAAUGAACCGUGUGGAAAUGGACCACCGACGUGUACAAAAUCAUUAACAGUGACAUUUUCGAAUUUAACAAUCAAACUCCAAAGAGGAAUGUAUCUUGUCAAUGGUGAAGAAACACGUUUGUCGGUUAGUUUUGGAGACGUUAACGUUACGAAAUACGGCACAGACAGAACGGUCGUGACAAGUGUUUAUGGCGUGACUGUGUUUUGGAACAACGUUUAUAACGCACGAAUAACAAUUGGAGGGCGAUACUUCAACAAAACAUCAGGUUUAUGUGGAAAUUACAAUGAAAUGCAAGAUGAUGACUUCUGGGCAGCCUAUGGAGCAAUUGUUACAGAUCCAGUUGAGUUUGGAAAUUCUUGGAAAGUUGAUUCAACAUGUGAGAAUGCAACUAAAGUGCCACACCCAUGUGACGUCAAUCCCGCGAGACGAUUGAUAGCACGAGAGAAUUGCUCAAAAUUGCUCCGCCCGCCAUUCAGAGAUUGCUCGAGUUACAUCAACGCAACUGAAGACGGAUAUAUUGAAGAUUGUGAAUAUGAUAUGUGUGCUUGUGAAGAUGAUCCUGUUGUUUGUUAUUGUCAAGCGCUUGAAGCUUACGCUGAUGAUUGUGCUUCUGACGUGGCUAUACAAUGGAAGGGAUUACAUGAAUUUUCUGUUUGUCAUACUCCGUGUGCCAGCGCUCCAUGUUUCAAUGGUGGUUCGUGCAAAAACCUUGUUGGAAGAGCAUUCGAGUGCAGUUGUUCAUUUGGAUUCUUUGGACAACGCUGUGAACAUCAAGAAAUAAUUGACUGUACGAUUGAUAAAUAUCCAUGUCAUGAUAAUGCCUCAUGUAAAGAUAUACCAGGGUCGUAUGAAUGUCGAUGUUUCGAAGGUUUUACGGGCAACGGCACCUAUUGUAAUGAUAUCAAUGAGUGUGAAAGAAAACCUUGUCACAGCAAUGCUACUUGUGAAAAUAACAUUGGAUCGUUCAUUUGUCGAUGUGUUGAGGGGUAUAGAGGUGAUGGUAUCAACUGUCAAGCGUUUGUGGAAUGCAGUAAUGACAGUUUAUGCGAUGAAAAUGCGGAGUGCAACAAUGUUACUGGACAUCCUGUGUGCACGUGCAAUUAUGGCUUUGCUGGAAAUGGAAGUACAUGCCAGGACAUCGACGAGUGUCGCGAACCAAAUAAUUGUCAUCCUAACUCAACUUGUCAUAAUGCUAUUGGCUCAUACAACUGCUCGUGUAAUACCGGGUUUGAAGGAAAUGGCACACAUUGUAAAGAUAUAAACGAGUGUUCCUCUCCCUAUCUGAAUGAUUGUCACAUGGAUGCCACGUGCAGCAACAGUGAAGGAUCUUAUGCUUGUUACUGUAAGAGAGGUUUCGACGGAAACGGAACGCAUUGUAACGAUACCGACGAAUGCGACUCUGGUGAAAACAAUUGUGACAAGUUUGCCUACUGUUAUAACUUGGUUGGAUCCUACCACUGCUUGUGUAAUCAAGGAUAUUCCGGUGACGGGUUUGAUUGUCGAGACCUGGAUGAAUGCACUCUUAACUAUUGUCACAGUAAUGCCUCGUGCAAUAAUACGGCUGGUUCAUUCUUCUGUACGUGUGAAAAAGGUUUCACUGGAAAUGGCACAUAUUGCGAUGAUGUCGACGAAUGUUCUUCCCAUCUGAAUGAUUGUCACAUGAAUGGCACAUGCAACAAUACUAUAGGCUCUUAUGCUUGCUACUGCAAUGAAGGUUUCAGUGGAAACGGAACACAUUGUAACGAUAUAGACGAGUGUUCUUCUUCCUACCGGAAUGAUUGUCACAUGAAUGCCACGUGCCACAACACUGAAGGAUCUUAUGCUUGCUAUUGCAAUAGCGGUUUCAAUGGAAACGGAACGUAUUGUAACGAUACCGACGAGUGCGACUCUGGCGAUAAUAGUUGUAACGAAUUUGCCACCUGUCACAACAUCAUUGGAUCUUACAACUGCUCAUGUAUUCAAGGAUAUUUCGGCGACGGGUUCGACUGCCAAGAUGUGGAUGAAUGCACGCUUAAUUAUUGUCACAGUAAUGCCUCGUGCAAUAACACGGCUGGUUCAUACUCAUGCACGUGCAAAAAUGGUUACACUGGAAAUGGCACCGAUUGCGAAGAUAUUGACGAAUGUUCUUUAUAUCAUCUGAAUGAUUGUCAUAUAAAUGCGACGUGUAACAACACUGAAGGAUCUUACACUUGCUAUUGUAAUGAAGGUUUUAAUGGAAACGGAACAUAUUGUAACGAUACUGACGAAUGUGACUCUGCUGUAAAUAAUUGUGACGUUUUCGCAACUUGCCACAACAUGGUUGGAUCCUAUCACUGCUCAUGUAAUGAAGGAUAUGCCGGGGAUGGGUAUAACUGUCAAGAUAUAGACGAGUGCACUUCUUAUCAUCUGAAUGAUUGUCACAUGAAUGCUACGUGCAACAACAGUGAAGGAUCUUAUGCUUGCUACUGUAAUAGAGGUUUCAAUGGAAACGGAACAUAUUGUAACGAUACCGACGAGUGCGACUCAGGUGAAAAUGAUUGUGACGAGUUUGCUACCUGUCAUAACAUGGUUGGAUCUUAUAACUGCUCAUGUAAUUUAGGAUAUUCUGGCGAUGGGUUCGACUGUCAAGAUGUGGAUGAAUGCAAGCUUAACUAUUGUCACAGUAAUGCCUCGUGUAAUAACACGGCUGGUUCAUUCUUCUGUACAUGCGAAAAAGGUUUUACUGGAAAUGGCAGACAUUGCAAUGACAUCCAGGAGUGUGAUCUUAACACAGAUGAUUGCGAUGGCAACGCUACCUGCACAAAUACAAACGGAGGUUAUUAUUGUACAUGCUACGAUGGUUUUACUGGUAACGGAUAUAAAUGUGAAGAUAUCGACGAGUGUCGUGGAGUAAAUGAUUGCCAUCAUAAUUCAACUUGUACAAAUGCUAUUGGUUCAUACAACUGCUCUUGCAACGAUGGUUUUCAAGGAAAUGGGACAUACUGUAAAGAUAUAGACGAGUGUGCUUCCUACCAUCUAAAUGAUUGUCACAUGAAUGCCACGUGCAGCAACACAGAAGGAUCUUAUACUUGUUUGUGUAAUAAUGGUUUUAAUGGAAAUGGCACAAAUUGUAACGAUACUGACGAAUGCGACUCUGAUAAAAAUAAUUGCGACCAUUUUGCCACCUGUCACAACAUGAUUGGAUCUUAUCACUGCUCUUGUGAUCAGGGAUAUUCCGGUGAUGGGUUUGAAUGUCAAGAUGUGGAUGAAUGCACGCUUAAUUUUUGUCAUGAUAAUGCCACGUGCAAUAACACGGCUGGUUCAUUCUUCUGUACGUGCAAUAGAGGUUUCACUGGAAUUGGCACAGAUUGUGAUGAUAUCAAUGAAUGUUCUUCAGAAAAUGACAAUUGUGAUGAUAAUGCGAAUUGUACCAAUAUACCUGGCUCGUUUGUUUGCAAAUGUAAAGACGGUUUCAGCGGAAAUGGCACAACUUGUGAAAAUAUUGAUGAAUGUCUUCUCUCUCCUUGCGACGAGAACGCAAAUUGUACUGAUACAAAUGGUUCAUUUGAAUGUAAAUGUAACAACGGCUACAGUGGUAAUGGAAAGACUUGUGAAGAUGUCGAUGAAUGUUUUCUGAAAACUGACAAUUGCCAUAAUCAUGCGGAUUGUACUAACAUUCCUGGCUUAUUCACUUGCGAAUGUAAAGUUGGUUUUACUGGAAAUGGAACAACCUGUGAAAAUAUUGAUGAAUGUCUGCUCUCCCCUUGCGACGAGAACGCGAUUUGUAAUGAUACAACUGGCUCAUAUGAAUGUGAAUGUAAGGAUGGUUAUCAUGGCAAUGGAACGACCUGUGAAGAUGCCAACGAAUGCUUAGAAGCAUCUCGCUGUCAUUCUGAUGAAAACUGUGAAAAUUACCCCGGUAAUUACCGAUGUUACUGUCGAAAUCCAGGGCAAAUGGUCAGUGAAACAACUGGUCGAUGUAGAGAUGUCAUGUCAUUUCAAGGAAGCAUUGUUGUGUUUAGUGUGGGUAAUUUUGAUCAAGACCUUUUCAAUCCUAAUAGCCUUGCCUGGUAUGCGCUUAGUUUACUAUUUCAAGCUGCGAUUGACAAUAUUUACCUUGGAAGCAACCUUGCAAGUCAAUACACAGGCAGCCGAAUUACUGGGUUUAGGCAAGGAUCAAUUGUUGCGACAUACGUUGCGACGUUUGAACCUAAAAGCAAUGUGACAUUGUCAUCCGCACAAGAGGUCAUGCAAUCAAGCUUGAAUGUUACAAAGAAUGAAACAUAUCUCGGGGAUUUUAAACUUGUUGGAAGCGUAAACGAAGCAAUACAAUAUAAAGAUUACAAUGAAUGCAACUCUACAUCGGGUAUCGAUGCUGUCAUCUGUGGCAGAGGGGGAAAAUGUAUAAACGAAGAUGGUUCAUACAGAUGUGAAUGUGACGCUGGCUUUGAAGGAACUGCACCUAAUUGCAAAGAUUACGAUGAAUGUGACUCUUCAUCGACUACCCGUGUUGACUGUGGUAGUAGUGCAAAAUGUAUAAAUACAGAGGGUUCAUAUAGAUGUGAAUGUGAUACUGGAUACAAAGGAAUUCCUCCUAGUUGCACAGAUUACGAUGAAUGUGAUUCUUCAUCAAAUACUCGUGUUGACUGUGGUAAUAGUGCAAAAUGUAUAAAUACAGAGGGUUCAUAUAGAUGUGAAUGUGAUACUGGAUACAAAGGAACUCCACCUAGUUGCACAGAUUACGAUGAAUGUGAUUCUUCAUCAAAUACUCGUGUUGACUGUGGAACUGAAGCAAAAUGUAUAAAUACAGACGGUUCGUAUAGAUGUGAAUGUAACACUGGUUAUGAAGGACCUCCACCAAAUUGCACAGCUGCAUCAUCAGCCCAUCCACCAAUGUACUUCGUGAAUGAAGAGGAUCUUGAGCUGGUCAAAUCAAUCAUCAUCGCGAUCAUUGUUUAUCUUGGAAUAUGCUUCUUUGCUAUGUUUAUUCUUAUGAUUACCGCAUGUUUUACAAUUUUAAAGUCGGUGGAAUCUUUGCCAGAAGAAUAUGAUAUACGAACGAUAAAGGUGGCUUCAAUAGCAACUCCGAAGUACAAAGAACAUCCAGUCAUGAAAGAAUACUACCAAACUGAUUAUAUAUCAUGAUAUUAUUAUUAUUAGCAAAUUUAAAGCUUUUCUUGUACUUGUAACUGGCCUGCAUGGCUGUCAACUAUGCUGCCUUUCUUUUAAACGGCCCUUAGGCAUUAUUUUCGAUUUCUGUGUAACGUAGUAUUGCUCAAAACACUUUGCGAUACUUCAUCUCUCCUUUAAAAAAAUCCAAGAUGUAUUAUGACUUAUUUUCAAUUGUUUUGAAUCAUGCAAUCAUCCCUCUAAACAGAGUAAGUUAGUUGACAGGCACGGGCUGAUUUAUAAUUAAUCACCAUAAUUAAUGACUUUUUACGCGGUAUUUCACUAGUAUAUUUUGACGCACGCACAUUCACUCUUUUACUUGUUGUUUCUAAAUUUAGAUCUUAAAGAAUUAUAAUGCUAUAGUUCGAAAUAUUCAUAUUCACUUUCAACGGUUUUGUAAUUUUUGUAAUAAUUAAUUUCUGGUUUAAUAAAAAGUAUACCGAUAUCUUUACAGAAUAUAGCAACCCUAU